AUGUUGCAGGACCGGGAAGACGAUGACAUCGACGGCAGCGGCCGCGGUGGUCCACCGCUGCCCCCUCCACCGCCUCCCAACCCACACGGCUUCCCGUUACCGGGACCAAAGGGCGAGAAGGGGGACCCUGGCUCUCCGGGUCCUCCUGGAGAUAGUGUAGAGGGUCCGCCAGGCCUUCCGGGUCCUCAGGGACCACCUGGACCUCCUGGGGAGCCCCUGGCCAUCCAUCCAGACGACCCCAAGUACCAGCUCUGGAGAGGGCCACCGGGACCGCCUGGGGUGUGCUCGUGUGAAGACCGGCCGCAGCCUAAAGCCGAGGAUGCCAUAGCCGGCCCUCAGGGACCAAAGGGUGACAAAGGGGACGCUGGAGCUCCAGGAGCACAGGGACCGCCGGGACUCAAAGGCGAGCCUGGAAGAGAUGGAUCAGCUGGAAGUCCUGGACCGCCUGGAAGCCCCGGUCCGCCUGGAACAGUGGACCCAGACACACUCAAGGCGCUGGCGACGGCCGGUCCCCCGGGAGCCGUGGGCGAGAAAGGCGAGCCGGGACUGCCUGGAGCGGGUGGAGGCCAGGGCGAGCCAGGCCCCGCAGGUCCCAAAGGAGACCCGGGCCCCGCAGGCGCGCCCGGCGCCGCCGGGCACCAGGGUCCUCCGGGUCUACCUGGAGUCCCAGGACCGAAGGGCAGCCAAGGGCCUCCGGGACUGGACGGCGCGCCCGGCGUGCCCGGAACCGAUGGCAGGGACGGCGACAAGGGCCUCAAAGGUGAUCCAGGGAUUCCAGGGAGAGAGGGGCCACCCGGCCCUCCAGGACCGACGCCGGAGCUGCCCAUCCUCAACGAGGUUGCUCCAGUUCCAGGACAGAAGGGCGAUCGAGGAGAGCCUGGACCAAAGGGCGCGCCUGGAGAGCCCGGCCCCAAAGGCGACAGGGGCGAUCCCGGGCGACCUGGAGUUCCAGGGGAGGACGGCGGUCCAGGACCGCAGGGCCCACGAGGUGAACAGGGCGACCGCGGCGAGCGCGGCCUGCCCGGAGCUACCGGAGCGCCGGGGCCGAAGGGAGAGCGCGGUCCGCCAGGACCCCGCGUGGAGGUGGGCGCCGGCACGCCGCUGGUGCUGCAGAAGGGCGACAAGGGCGACCCGGGGCGGCGAGGGCGGCGGGGGCCGCGGGGGCCCCUGGGGCCGCCGGGCAAGCCGGGGCCGCGGGGAGACCUGGGGGCGGCCGGCCUCACGGGUCUGCCUGGUCUCCCUGGAGAACCUGGGCCACCUGGGAAACCUGGACUCAAAGGAGAGAAAGGAGACUGCUGUGACGCCACCAAGCUGAAGGGCGAGAAGGGCGAGCCCGGCGUGGGUGCCCCAGGCCCCCCCGGCCCCCCUGGCCCCCCGGGACCCUCCGGUGCCACGUCCACGUCGCAGGGCCGCGUCGGGUACAUACCCGUCCCAGGACCUCCGGGCUUACCUGGGCCGCCGGGUCCUCCGGGUGUGUCCGUGAUGGGCCAGAAAGGCGAGCCCGGAGAACCAGGGGCGCCCAGCUUCCGCUUCCUGCAGUACGACGACCCGAACGCCGGCAGAACAGGUCCGGCGGCCCAGGAGUACAAUGGGAGCGGCCACACCCACCGGACGGCGUUCGAAGAACGCUUCAGGAGCGAGAAGGCCAGCUACGGGGCGGAGGAGGACCGGAACGUGAAGAUCGUGCCGGGCGCCGUCACCUUCGACACCACAGACGCCAUGACGAGGAUGACGGCGGCCAGCCCCGUGGGCACGCUGGCGUACGUGAUGGACGAGCAGGCGCUGCUGGUGCGCGUCGCCGCCGGCUGGCAGUACGUCGCGCUGGGGUCGCUGAUGGCGGUAUCGACGCAGCCGCCGCCCACCACCACGACGACGGAGCGCCCGUCGACGCGCGCCCUGCCCAUCGAGGCCUUCAACGUCGUCAACGAGCCGAGUCUUCGGCUGGCGGCGCUGAACGAGCCGUUGUCGGGCGACAUGCACGGCAUCCGGGGCGCCGACAACGCGUGCUACCGGCAGGCUCGCAGGGCCGGCUUCCGGGGAACCUUCCGGGCGCUGCUGGCGUCGCGCGUCCAGAAUGCAGACUCCAUAGUGCGGCCCGCCGACCGCUCGCUGCCCGUCGUCAACACCAAGGGCGAAAUCUUGUUCACUUCGUGGAGAGAUAUGUUCAACGGUGACGAAGCACCCUUCCCGCGAGCAGCGAGAAUUUUCAGCUUCAACGGCAAGAACAUCAUGACCGACUACGGCUGGUCGAAGAAGCUGGUGUGGCACGGCUCGACGCCGGAAGGGGAACGCAAGAUGGACGCCUACUGCGACGCGUGGCAGUCGACGAGCGGCGAGGGUCUGGCGUCGCCCCUGGCGUCGGGGCGGCUGCUGGCGCAGGAGCGGUUCGCGUGCGGCGCGCGGCUCGCCGUGCUCUGCAUCGAGGCCAGCAGCCAGCUGCCGGCCAGGAGGCGGCGCCGCGGCGCCGGGGGCGGCGGCGGCAGAGACGAAGAUGACGACGACGCGGGAGAGUACCGGCCGCUGGACGACGAGCACCAGUGAGAGCAGGCGCCGAGUCUGCCGGAAAACGCCCGCGACAACACAGAACAGACAAGAGUGUGUGCCGGGAGUUUUGGACUACUGUGCAUGAAACACAACACCCCGUAAUCGUCUGACUCUUGUGUACUGGCGUAGGCUUCCACCCAUGAGUGUCAGAUAGUAUGUGUUCAUCACGGAAAAAGUAAAUUUUAACAUCUUCCGUACACUCUUGCACAAAACGCCCAUUGCACUUACAAACUAUUACAGAUCGUUUCUGCGACUGGCUCACAUGAUACCACUCUACAAAUAGAAUCAAAAACGUAUGAUAUCUUCAUUUUCUUUCUUACAUGUAAUUCCCCCCUUCGAUCUAAUCACUUGCUGUUUCAAUUUUUUUCACAAAUACCCUGACUGAGGUAAACAUUAGUAUGAAUAUUACACCUACUAACAACUUACAUAAAAAACUGAAAACUGCUUAACACGGAUGUUUUUCAGUUGCCCCUUUCCAGUAAAUAUGAAUACUGCAGUUUUGAUUUUAUAGUCUAGGCAGUUUAUAUACGUUGUAAUCUACCUAUCUAUGUGUCCCACAAGGAGCCAUGCACUAUGAUUGUGGCAAAAUGGUGUGCAAUAUUCCCUCACUUCACAGAGUGACAAAUAAGUGUGUCCAUAUAUCUUAAUAACACUAGUAAUAUCUAGUGAUAAUUAAUGACACAUAAUAUGGACAACAGCACUUCAAGUAUCAUGUGCACACUCAAUACAUUUUUUAUCGUUGCUGAUGUAUGUGUGAUACCUUUCUAAUUCACUUGUCGUAAGAUGUAUUUCAUGACAAUGUAUGUGAAUACUAGUCAUCCAAGACGUUAUCAGUUAAAUUCAUAUGAAACUGUUAGAUUGAGGAACUGUGAACCUGUAGAAAUACUACAGGUAUGACUCUAUCUGGUACCAUAAAUAUCUUACCCAUUUUCUCGAGCAGCUGUAAGUCUGCACCGAUAGAUUAAUUUUAUUUGAUUCAUCUUUCUAUUAUUACCAUUCUACUGUAUAGUAAUGAAUAUCUCUUUGUCUAAUGAAUUCAGGUUUUGAUAGACAUUCCUUGCAAACAAUAUUUGCAGAGUUUUAAUAUAUACUAUUCUAUGUCAAUGUGGUGAAAACAAGAAUUGCUCUCUAUAUGUUUACCUAUAUCUGUCCAUUAAGUUUGAUCUAUAUACAAUUUAAAUUUUUAGAACUCAUACUCCUUAUAUUUUCUUCUAUCACUGUCAUAUUGUUAUGAAUGCUGCAGUGAUAUAUAAUGCACUUUGCCAGAUGACAAAAUGUUACGUGAUGUUUAGAACAUAAAUUGGUUGAACUAUAUUUUCUGACCAUGGGAACUCAUCGUAAAUGUUUUGGAAUACAGUAAAUGUAACUUGGAAUAAUUUUGGUAGGCUUCCCAUCAUAACAAAUAUAAUAUGUAGCUUCGUUUUGUCCUUUGAAUAGAAAUAACAUGCACAGUAACUUUAUUUCAACAUAACUUUCAUUAAAAAUUCUUUUUUGCUUAAAUAUUAACUGUUUAUACUUAUACAGCGUUUUAAUCAAACAAUGUCAAAAUAAUAUUUUCAUUCUGCAUUUGAUUAUUAUUUCAGGGAUGAUGAUGAAAUUAUUUAAUUUUCGAAACACACUUAAAUGUACUGACAGAGACAACAAAUUUGUCAAAUCUGAGACAUGUAGUGCAUUUAUCAACAACAAGAAUGACCGUCCUUAAUUUUAUAAGCUUAUACUGAAUGCUCAUCUACAUGUUACUUAAUUGGACAAUACCAGGUUCUGAGAUUCCUGGGCUAUAUUUAAACCUCCUAUUUGUUAGCACAGACUCUAUUAAAGCUACCAUAAACUUGAAAAGAGUUUAUAAUACUUAAUAAUUCAAGAAGAAAAAGGUGCAAUUUUAACUUGUGUCACAAGAUAGAGUGUACAUUAGUUGGCAGUGUAUAUAACAAACGUGUUACAUUUACAGAAAAUAAUAAAAGUGACUUUAUUUUUCAACGCGUUAGUGUGCUACACGAGGCAAUGUUGGCACAAAUAUUCCCCAAGACGGGCAACUUCGUAAGAUAUGUGUGUACAGAAUGUUGUUUAGUGCUUUCACCAAACACCUAUUUUGAAGUCGCUAUAAGAGAUGUAGAACUGUAGGAAUGGAAGAGUUGAGUGAUUUUUAAGAUAGAAGAUCGUCUGUGUUGUGCGCGGUAGCUAGCUUAUACGUGGCGAUGCAAUACUGAUCCCUGUUCAGAAUCCGGCCGCUUGAAUUUUUGUACAAACUUUAGAGCGUUCCUUACUUAUAAACGUGCCAUAAUUGCAGAUAUUCUACCUACCGUCUGCGUAACAUGAAUAUUUGUAAAGUUGUGAACGAACAAAUGUCUGACCAUCGUUUCACUGAUAGUGUUUAAUUCAUCUCCUUCUCUUACACUAUUUGCGUCGACAAGUAAUGUUUGUAUUCAGGGAUCACUUUCUUCUGACAGAACAGACGUAAAAUAUUCCUUGACAAGGCGAACAAUUCCACUGCCAUGUAUUAUUUGAUAUUUGCCGUAAUAUAAGAUGUACUUACUGUCGAAUUGUUAAACAUUUUUUCUCUAAUUAAUUAUACAUAUCCACGACUAUUUAACAUAUCUCCUUCGUACUUCAAAGACUUGCAAAAGAUUUUAUUAUUGUUUCAAAAAAGUGGAAAUUUGAUGCGUAUCUGUUCAAUGAACAAUGAAGCUAAAGUCUUACUUCACAUUUUCAUGCAACUGAAAUCGUUAUACGUUCUGGCGUGUGCAGUCAUUCGGCUGCCUACCUUACUUUCUCAUUUUUGCGAAAGGGGUGUUAAAACCACGAAUAAAACCAAGUAAACUUAAAAUGUCUGAAACUUCAUGUAAGAAUGGAAGUUUAUAAAUGUUGCCUAACUGUUAAACAACAUCCUUCCUUCUGUACCCAAUACUUUUUGUCUAGUUAAGAAUAACACUGUUGAUGUUUAGAAGCUGUGUAGAUCAAUUAUGAUUUCAGUUACACUGGUAUAAGAAAUAAAUCUAUGUCGAGUGUUUA